AUGUCUUCAUCCGCCCCAGCAAAAUCUCUCCGCCAACUUCUUGGUGCUCCUCCUUCAACCGCUUCAACCCAAGACUCAACCCUGAUCAUCAUUGAUGCCCAAAAUGAAUACGCUUGCGGCCACCUCCAGAUCGAGGGCGUCUCCGAAAGCCGCAAAGUAAUUUCAGACCUUCUGACUAAGUAUCGCACCAACGGUACUCACAACGGCAGAAACAUCGUCCAUGUUGUUCACCAGACCCCACCAGGCGCUCCCGUCUUCACUCCGAACACGCACCUAGAAAAUGAGUUCGACGAACUCACCCCUGUGCCUGGGGAGAAGGUCAUCAGCAAGAACUUCCCUAGUUCUUUUGCCCAGACGGAAUUGCACGAGUACUUGGGCAGUCUCGGAGCUGUUGGAAAGAAGAUCGUGCUGGUCGGCUAUAUGGCGCACGUGUGUGUCUCUACGACUGCCAGGGCUGGCAAUGAACUUGGUUAUGAGGUUUUAGUUGUGCGUGAUGCGGUGGGCGAUCGGAAUAUUCCUGGAGUGGAGGCUGCAACUUUGAAGAAUGUGGCGUUGAGUGAGCUGGAGGAUGCUUUCGCGACGGUUGUCUCUGCUCGUGAUAUUACUGCCUAG